UCUUUAUUGUGGACUGUUUCAGCAUCCAGAAGCCUUACUCCGUUUAAUACAGAAUGUACAUUUCCCAAGACAGUACAAACAGCACCACACAAUGGAUUACUUGGUGAACUGCAUCAUCGGCUCUUCCUUUUCCUCUGAAGUAAAGACUUCACGUCAGUGUAGUCUGGAGGAAAGGUUGCUGAGUCAUAGUUGAUAAAUGUGAUAUUGAAAAUGUUGAGUCUUACUGACAACAUGGAGAACUCUUUCUGACCAUGAGAAAAUCUGCAGUUUUUUCAAACACCAUCUGGACAAUGGAGAAGAAUGAGGACACUUAUAAUAAACAUUAUAACUGAGAGAUGUGAGGAGUAAUAAAAAUUCCAUCUUCCGUGAGCCAUUGUGUGUUUUAUAAGCAUAAGGUGUGCAACAACAAUUUGACAUUUUUCCAGUUUCACUAUUAUACAUAUAUAAAAACAACAACAUGCAGAAUGUGGUAAACACGUAACAUUCGACUCGUGGAGGAGCAUCAGUGGUCAUUGACAUGGGUCAGUUAUAAAGAGACAUCUCUACAUAGUCUCCAUAUACUUGACUGGCUUGUCUGGGUCUACAACCGUCUCCUUUUGAAAACCUCAGACAACAAUGGACCACAUACUGCUGAGCUGAUAAAAUAUAAUACAAAGCAAUACUGAACAAAAGACCUUGCAGAAUUGCGAACAUUAGUAUUACCACGUUUGUACAAGAAAAUAUUUCUUUUGACAUCAAAUUUGUAAACACGAGGGUAGCGUUCGGUUCUUUGCGCAUGCGCAAGUCAGUGCCUUACUGCGCGCCGGUGCUGAAAGCGAACAGAAAUUCAACUGCGUGAUAGCGGAGGAGACAAGCUGGGGACAUCGUGAGUUGAGCUUCAACGGCAAUGCAACACGUCACUCACCGGCAGCCGAGACAAAGGCAGGAUCGAAUCAGGCGAAGACCGUAGAUUCUUAUGUAUUCCCCCGCAUUUCUCUGUCGUUUGUCCGCGGGAACACUUUGAACCAGGGCCCGCGUUGCUGGAUGCAGCGGCGGAGACGGGACCGCAUGUCGGCUUCUCCAGUUCAAAACAAUCGUGACGAAGAAGACAAAGAUGACAGCUAGAACACCAGGAAAACAGCCUUGAUGUGAGCAGCAUGAGUAAGGUGCCCCCUAACAGAAGAGGGAUAACAUUUGAGGUGGGAGCGCAACUUGAGGCCAGAGAUAGCCUCAAAAACUGGUAUGCUGCCAAUAUAGAAAAGAUUGACUAUGAAGAUGAAAAAGUACUAAUCCAUUACCGCCAGUGGAGUCACCGUUAUGAUGAGUGGUUUGACUGGACGAGCCCUUACCUGAGACCAGUAGACAAAAUCCAGCUAAGGCGUCAGGGCCUGCAGGGUGACAGUUGUGUACCUGGUUUCCAUGUUAAUGAAAAGGUCCUGGCCAGCUGGUCUGACUGCAGAUUCUACCCGGCCAAGGUCAUUUCAGUCAACAAAGACGCUUCCUACACUGUAAGGUUCUAUGAUGGAGUCAUCCAGACAGUGAAGGGAAUGCACGUGAAGCCAUUUAUUAAGGAGAGAAAUAGAAGCAGUAAGUCUCGGUCCUCUGAAAGAAACAUGGUCCGAAGAGCUCCCAACCGAAGAGACGGAGGGCUGAACGGAGGUCCCAAAAAUAAACGAGCCAGACCCAGCGCUUCAGACCAAGAGGAGGAAAGCGACAGUGAGGACGAGGAGCACAAAGAACAGCUGGUGAUACAGAACCAGACCAAGAAAAGUGAUGGAACAGUGGAGGCCUCAUCUGCUAUUAAACAGGAAAAAGAAAUGAUGGAACAGGGGGACGAGAACCAUUCACGAGAGACAGAAAAUGGGACAAAACUUAAAAAUGAAGAAAAUGUCAAGGAUGAAAAACACAACGACAAAUGUCACGUUAACGGGGAUGUGAAGAAAGAACCGCAGGAUUUGGAGGAGGAAGGAAAAAAGCCAUAUAUGGAGUCAACCAAGCCAUACAUGGAGUCCACUGCUCAGACAUCAGCAGAGACCAAACUGAUGAGCAACGGAGCUCUGGAGCCCAAAUCAGAAAGCGCUCAGCCGACGACGGAUGUGCCACCUUCUCAGCUGGUGAAACCGGUGAGGAAGCAAGGAUUUCACAACCCCAAUAGAUUCAGCAGAGAACCACUCUACAGAGUCAUCAAAAACCAGCCUCCUCCAGUCCUGUCCAUCAAUCUUGACCACAACCCGUUUAAGUGCAGCGCUCCAGGCUGCACAAAAUCCUUCCGUAAGGCUAAGCUGCUGCACUACCACAUGAAAUAUUACCAUGGGGAGGAGACGCCACUGGAGGAGGAGCACAGCCCCAGCAGGAACAUCCAGAACAGAGUGUCUGAGAAACAAACUAUGGCCACAGGGUUGGAUGUCCCAAAGAGAAGGCGCACCAUCUCUGCCUCCAUACAUUCUGUUGCCGGUGGCCAUUAUUCUCAAGGCGAUGUGAAGACGUCCGGUAGACGUACAUCAGUGCCUCCAGCAGGUGGCACCCAGAACCAUCAGCACAGAACACUGCUUAGAGAGAAAAGCAAGGAGAACCAACUGGACAGGAACAGAUGCCACCAGGAGGACAGGAGUUCAGAGAAAAGUGGCUUUGACAUUGGGUCAGUGAAAGACAAACUGAAAGAGAAACCGAAGCAGAAGGACUUCCUCCGCAUCAAACUGAAGAAAAGGAAGAAAAGAAAGAAGGCCAAGUCUGACUACACAGGUAGUGAGGAGAAUGUUGACGUCUCAGUAUUGGGUCGUCAGUCAAAAUUGAAUUUGCUACCCAAAUCCCCUCAGUCAAACAAUCACAAACCUGAGGCCUACCCCAGCAGGCCUGGAAACAGCUACUCAGAGCAGAUACAUGUGGAUGAUGAGGACAGUUUCAGUGACUGGUCGACCGACAGCUGCGGCUGGAGCGACGACGACAUGGGGGUGGAUCUAGACGUCACCACUCCUCCCCUCAGUGUGGACUCGUGCGCUGCAGACAUCAGUGACCAGGAGGUGGUGAGAUGCAUCUGUGGAGUAGAAGAAGAAAACGACUUUAUGAUCCAGUGUGAAGACUGUUUAUGUUGGCAGCAUGGCACCUGCAUGGGUCUGCUAGAAGAAAAUGUUCCAGACAAGUACACCUGCUACAUCUGCAGAGACCCACCAGGUCAAAGACAGAGUCUGCGCUACUGGUACGACCGUGAAUGGUUGACCAACGGUCACAUGUAUGGUUUGUCCUUCCUGAAAGAGAACUACUCACAUCAAAAUGCCAAGAAAAUCACCACCACACACCAGCUGCUGGGGGACGUUCAACAUGUGUUGGAAAUUAUCAAUGGACUCCAACUGAAGAUGAAUGUCUUACAGAGCAACUUCCACCCUGACCUGCAGCUUUGGCGGCAGCCGUGGAAACAUUUGAGGUCCUUGCCCAGUUCUGACUCACACCAGGGCAGUGAUAAAGCGCCGUUGCCCGUGGUUCCUGAUGAAGAGAUGAGCCGAGGAGAGAUGCUGAUGUCGAAUGCGUUGGAGAAGCUGAGCCGAGCUGCGACAGCUGCCAACACCUCCUCCCUUCUGUCUUGCUCUCCGUCUCCCUUCCCGUCCUUCCAAGACUCGUACAUUUCCAGUGAACAUUGUUACCAGAAACCCCGGGCGUACUAUCCAGCUGUGGAGCAGCGGCUGGUGGUGGAGACCUGGCAGGGCUCAGAGCUGGAGGACAGCAUGAGGAGCACCGAGGAGCUGCUGGAGAGGGAGCAGCGCUACGGGAGCCUGCUGGAGACAGACAAGCCCAAAUCUACAGUGAACGGUAACAAGGUCACUCUGGCUAACCUGUGGUCCCAGUCUGACAUGAAAGAUGUGGUGAGGAGAGAACCAGGAGCUGCAGAUAAGAACAGACAACACCAGCAGUGGCAGAUUAAUCUGCUGGACCACAUAGAUGCAGUCCAGGAUGAUGUGUCCCACAGGAUGGACUUCAUUGAGAGGGAGCUGGAUGUUCUGGAGAGUUGGCUGGACUACACAGGAGAGCUGGAGCCUCCAGAACCUCUGGCUCGACUGCCUCAGCUCAAACACCGCAUCAAACGGCUGCUGUCGCAGCUGGACAUAAUGCAGCAGAUAAGCUCCAUGUGAGGGCGCCAGAGAACAACAGUUGCUGCAGCGCACAUUACCUAACUGUGGAUGCAGUCAGUGCAGUGUGGGUGCAGAUAUUCUGGAAACUUCUUGCAGUUUAUAAAGUUUUACUGACUGGACUGCUGCACCUGCUGCUGCUGCUGCGUAAGGUCGAUACGUGUAACCUGUUGAGCUCCUGUGUAGUGGGAUGUAAAGCUUCAGCGUGCCGGUGUCUCGUAUGAAUAUUUGUAUGAACAUUUGUGGAAAUGUUAAAUGCUUAAAUCAGGAUUAAACACAAAGAAUUACCUCCUACAUGCAGAAGAAAUCCCCGAGGCCCAGCGUCCACUUCUGUGGAUACGGUCUGGUUAGGACCCCCGUCUCCAGUUCCACACACAGU